AUGGAUAAACAAUUUUGUUAUCGAAAGUCAGCGGAAACAGGAAACCUUAAGCAGAGGAAACACGUUGUUGAUAUUAUUGGGAAGAAUUGGGAAGUUCUGUGUUCAAUAAAUUCUGUCAACAAACUUCCUUCAAUUGCAGAUUCAAAGUGCGGAAAAGAAAACAAGAAGAAAGAAAAGACUUUGACCAAGAGGGCUUCACUGAAGAAGACACCAGGCCAGGCCAGCGACGAGAAAUCAGCGAAGUGUAAAUAA